AUGGCAAGGGUCGAAACUGCCCAGCAGCGAAUUGAACUGGCGCUCUCGUAUCAGGGUGGAGCUAUGCAGGAGGUUGCGCACAUAGUCUCGAACAACAACAGCCGCUCUCGCCAGCCAAGCGUCGACCACGACGGCAGCAUGGCCAGCCAGCUGUCGUCGGGUGUCUCUGGCGGAGGACAGUCGAAGACAGCACAGCAGGUGUUGCUGCCGCCGGCACCAGCUCUUCCAGGUCAACCGCCUCCCGCGCACGAGCUCCCAGACUUCGAUCCAUUGCCAUUCGAGGCCAGUGUCGAGGAAGCUGUUCCUCAUUCAAGCGCCCACGUUCUCGGCCUGCCAUCAGGCUGUCGGCGCAGCGCGCGAAGUCACAGCCGACAAAGUGAAGGUAGCAGGAUGAGCAACACUCCCAGCGUCAGAUCUGAUCGGGGAGAUGGUGUACAGUCCCGCGCCUUCGGGCAGUUCAUAGCGAAGCGACGCGGGCCUUUGGCGAGCCAGUAUGGCAUGAUGGAGGAGUUGGAGGAGCACAUGGGACAGAAGCUCUUGCACAGGCCGCACCGUGGACGUGCCGGGCCAAAGGGCCGCAGCCGAGGCCACGCUGGCAGUCCGGUGAUUCCCUCCGUCCCGGUCCCCGUGCCGGUGCCGCUCAGGGACAAGAAAGCUCGAGCCGCUUCACAGGACUCUUCGUAUCCAUCUGCAGACAAUUCCGUGGGAAGGAAACAGUCCAGGCGGGUCCCGACACUGACGAGCAGACCAGGCAGCCAGGGGCGCGACAAGAACAAUCUGUUGAAGGAUUGUCAAUCUCUCGAUGCCUUGCAGAACCAGUAUGAUGCCUCUGUGGUCGCAACGCCUAAAUCAAAGCGGCCACCCCGCUGGGAGGACGCCGGCUGCAGCGUGCCGCCCGUGUCACUGCCAUCGUUAGCAUCGAAGUUGUCGAAGCAGUCGAAGCAUUCCGAAAGGAGUCGCCGGCCAAAGCUGAACUCGGCUUGGCCCCGAGAAGCUUGGUUGUGCAUGUGCCUCAUGGGCAUUUUGGAUUUCCGCGAGGGCAUCCUUCCGCGGCUUUUUGCCUUCUUCAUGAACUGCAUUUGGCCUCUGAUGCUGGGGGUGGCCAUGGUGUACCUGUGGGUACGCAAUCCCGAGCCAGAGGUUUACGACGUGGCCACACUUGGUUGCUUUGGCCUUGGCGGCGUCAUUGCCACACUUGCCCUGCGACGACGGGGCCUUGCAAGGCUCGUUGGCCCUGUCGAGACAAGCCUUGAUGACUACGCCGCAGAAGUUGGCUUCCUCGCAGACUGGCUGAAGCUUUCGCGCCGGCGAUUCUGGAUCCUGCUGGUGCUUCAGUUGGUGACAGUGUCGACACGAAGUGUCUAUAUCUACGUUCUCAACGUCGAUGACGACACCACCGAAGCACCGCUGCUGAUAAUGAUGGUCACGCUGUUCACUGCCGUGAGCGCGCGCAAUGCUGGCGCUUGUUACUCGCUGGUACACCUCUGCUGUGGCCUGGAGUUGGCUAUCGACAGCUUUGCACUGCGUUUCUUCAAAGACAUGGACUUCGAGCAAGCCCUGGAGGACUGGAACGAGGUCCAAGCAACGUUGAGGCAGGUGUCGACAAAGCUGAGUGAUAGCUUUAUUGCUUUGGCGGCAGGCUGCGUGGGGGCCCUGGUUUUCUUCGCCGAGCAAGCUUUCCGCCAGCCUGAGUCGCUGCGGCUGAGCUACCGGAGCGCCCUCUGGAUUGGCUGGCUCUACCCACCGUUUAUGAUGCUCGGGUAUGCGCUGCUGCGGGCCGCAGCUGUCACCGAAAAGGCGAGCCGUGUUGCGCCGCUGGUGAACUCGUGGAAAUUCCAGGAUACUGAGGAUGAUGCAGCGGCGCUAUGGAUGGACACCGACAGGCAGUAUGUGGUCCAAUACAUCAUCCAGAGCCAAGCUGGCUUCUACAUGAAAGGCGUCCGGGUGAAUGCCUUCAGCGUGCAAAAAAUUGGCUACUACUUGGCUGCUGCCACGCUUGGUCUGCUUUCCAGGGCAGGCUGA